GAAACCUUUUGCGUUGAAAAAGGGAGAGUGAUAAAUUCAUUCCCAACCUUAACUAACUACCACUUCAUUGCUCUCUUUCUGCAAUAUCGCUAACUAAAUCAGAGUAAUAAUAAUGGAGAAUUGCAACCGUGAAUUGUCCUUUUUAACCUCCAACGAAUUCCUUCGUAACAACACGGAUCCUCCUCCAAUCAAAGAAAUGGAUUUCUUCUCUUCACCAUCUAACACCAUCAUCAAACAAAGGUCACCAACAGUACUCCUUCCUCCUCACUCUGUUAACACUGGGCUGAAUUUAAAGUGUGCAAGUGCUGAAGUUUCAAAAGAAGAGAAUCCUGAAACUGAGCUGAGUAGAGUUGAAAAAGAAUUGAGGAGGGUGCAAGAAGAGAAUCAGAAAUUGAGAGUUGUGUUGGAACAGAUCACCAAAAGCUAUAGUCAACUACAAGCUCAGCUCUUCAUCGCUAUGCACAAACAAAACCCUCAUCAGAAUAUGGCAGACAUAAAAAUAGACGUGAAUGAUGCAUCGGUUUCGGAUGAAAAGCAGGCUUGUUCUAAUCAUCAUCCUGCAAAAGAAGAGGUUAGUGAACGGUCUUCCUCAAACACAAUAUCCAAGUUAGAAGAACACUCCAAAACUUCCGAUCAAGAACCUCCUUUCAGAAAAGCCAGGGUUUCCGUACGUGCACGAUCAGAAGCUCCAAUGAUUAGCGAUGGAUGUCAAUGGAGGAAGUAUGGACAAAAAAUGGCCAAGGGUAACCCUUGUCCCCGUGCCUACUAUCGUUGCACUAUGGCUGUUGGUUGUCCAGUUCGCAAGCAGGUACAAAGAUGUGCAGAAGACAAGACAGUACUGAUAACAACAUACGAAGGGAAGCACAACCAUCCACUCCCACCAGCAGCAACAGCCAUGGCAAAUACCACAUCAGCAGCUGCAGCAAUGCUACUAUCAGGUUCAACACUAACCAAGGAAUAUUCUACACUACCCUAUUUAUCUUCAUUUAUUCCCUAUCCUACAAUGCCAACCCUAUCACCUUCUCAACCAUUCCCAACUAUCACCCUCGACUUAACACACCAAAAUAUACUUCCUCUGCCAUUACAAGGGCACCCUUUGUUCUUCUCACAUAAGCUACCACCACCUAUGGCUUUGCCACCUUCUUCUUUGGUCGAUAAUGUGAGUGCAGCCAUUUCUUCUGAUCCUAAUUUUACUGCAGCUUUGACAGCGGCGAUAUCUUCAAUCAUUAAUGGACCACAAAGAGGAAGUGUGCUUCCAGGUUCACCUCAGCUUCAUUCACAGUCAUGCACUACAUACUCUACCAAUUAGCUAUACCUAGUGCUGUAGUGUGUAAGUUUUGUUUCAGCUACACUAUCUAGUAGUGCUAUCUACAUACUUUAAUCUCUCAAUGUACAAAAAGAGAAGAGAAGAUUAGGCAUAUAUAUAUAUGCGGUUUACUCUUUUCUUAUAUAUUUUUUUUCCCUUUUUGUAAACAAAAUAAUUUAAAGUCACUUAUUAGUACCUCACACUAUAAACAAAUCGUUUGAACCUA